GAUUCUUCCACAACUGAAUCGCCAAUGACGAGACGUUCAGCAACGAGAUGAGCACGACCGUCCCCUAGGGAUGUGUCGGCGUUGACAUCGCUCGUUCGGCAACCAACCACCUUGUUACCUUAGUAGGGACGGGCUUUUACAGAUCUGAUGGCGCCCUUCAUUGUGGAAGGUUUCUUGUCUCUUGUUUGUCUCUGCUCGCGACAUUGCUUCUCCUGUAGUUACAUGGACAUAUCGAAUGCUACUUGCACUGUUUCAUUCUCACACUACGCUGUCGGCUGCCGUUUCCAAGUCCUAUUGAGUUUGUGGGGUACAGUAAUUAGUGUUCUUCAAGCUUGUCUGCAUAUGCAAUAUACACGGGUGAUUACCAUUGCUUGCCGACCCGAUGUUACUAGUGUUUGUUCUGUGCUGACAUCGCACAUGUAAGAUAUAGUGUGUCACACAGCAUCGAACUAUAAGCUGCAGAAGCCAAGCCUCGGCUUUCUGACGUUUACCUCGGCAACUGACCACGUAUAAGAGACCAAGUUGCAAGAGGAAAACUGUACUUGAGCACCCCUUCUAUACGUGUACUGUAUCUAUACUGUCAUGACGGACUUCGUUUCGUUCAAGAAACAGUUCAAAGGAGAUUUAGUAACCCCCUCUGAUCCAGGGUAUGAAGAGGCCAUCGAUCGGUGGGCACACAAUGCUGCUAGACGAGCCAAGGUUGUUGCCUUCGUCAAGGAUCCUCAGGAUGUCUCCUUAGCCAUUAAGUAUGCAAAGGCCAAUGCUCUACCUAUCGCAAUACGCGGAGGGGGGCACAGCGCAGCCGGGACGUCUUCCAGUGAAGACGGUCUAGUGAUCGAUCUCUCUAAGUACAUCAACGGUGUCACUGUUGAUGCGGAGAAACGUUUGGCAUAUAUUGGAGGUGGUGCCGUAUGGAAGACGGUCGAUCAUGCUGCCAUUCAGCAUGGGCUUGCCACUGUCGGUGGUACGGUCAAUCAUACUGGUGUCGGAGGUCUCAUACUCGGAGGCGGGUAUGGUUGGUUAAGUGCGCAACAUGGCCUUGCAAUAGAUAACCUUGUUCAGGCUACGAUAGUUCCAGCGGACGGUUCCGUUUUAACUGCAAAUUCUUCUGAGAACUCCGACCUGUUCUGGGCCAUCCGUGGUGGCGGUUGCAACUUCGGUGUCGUAACCGAAUUUGUCCUCAAACUCUUUCCUCAGCGUCGAUCAGUAUUCGCUGGUCAGAUUGUCUUUACCCCAGACAAGCUGGAACAAGUUGGGGCGGCACUUGACAAAUGGUGGCCAAAUGCUGGUAGUUCAGGAAAGGCGUCUUUGAUGAGCGUUAUGACCAGGGGACCUGAUGGCAAUCCCUGUAUUGUUGUGUCUCUUUUCUACAAUGGUUCGGAAGCCGAGGGACGGGAGCACUACAAGAUCCUUUACGAUAUUGGCCCAGUGGCCGACUUGGCCAAGGAGGUACCUUACGAAGAGGUGAACGGGAUGCAGAAUGCGCUUGCGGCUCCUGGUCUCAACUAUUACAUGAAAGGCGCACUAUUGUCCGACACGCCAUCGAAGGACCUGCGUCGCGAGGUCUUUGAUAGGGUGAUUUCGCUGUCCAAGGAAGAUCUGAACGUGGCGAUAAUUCUGGAGCUUUUGCCACACGACAAGAUCAACAGCGUUCCGGCUGACGUAACCCCAUACCGGCGUAACCUUCACGGGAACACACUUAUUCUUAUCCAAUGGAAAGAGCACACGCCGGAGAAGGGGAAGGCAGCGAGAGCUGCAGCUCACGAGUUGGCAGGUUUGAUGCCUAAAGGUGAAGGUUAUGGAAAUUAUGCUGGUACAGACGAUGCCGCUUCGUCUAAGACGGGAGUGGCCCCUGCUGAGAAGAGCCAAGAGUUAUUCGGGCAGCAUUAUCCUAGAUUGCAAGCUAUAAAGAAGAAAUACGACCCAGAGAUGAUCUUCCAUAAGUGGUUCCUCAUUGUCCCAGCUUGAACCCUGUCCUAUGUUGGUUGGAUUUGAUGACUUAGAUGUAUAUUACUGAACUUGGAACGCGGAGUAUCAAGAAUUUUUGUCCCACAGCAACAUGGGCCAGGACAAUUGUUGUUUC